GAGAUGGAGAGGAACAGGCCAUCCAUGGAGAGGUCUCUGGAGGUCCGAGAUCCUGGUCUAGAUCCCGGUCUAGAUCAACAGGGGGGUCUAGAGGGGGGUCUGAAGGAGUUGGUUUUGAAGUGGUUCACAGAGACACAGGCAGCAGAACUGGCACAUAAUGGACAUUUUCCUGACUGGUUUCAAGGAUUUGCGACGAGGAAAGAGGCUGAAGAGCAGCUGAAGGAGAAAGAUGUGGGUGUGUUUCUGGUCCGACUGAGUGAAAAAGCUUUUGGAUACGUCCUCUCCUACAAGGGAGAGGAGCGAUGCCGCCAUUUUGUGAUCUCCCAAAGUCCAGAGGGUCAGUUCUGUAUCACAGGAGAUGAGCUGCAGCACAACAGUUUGUCUGAGCUGAUUGAGCAUUACAAGGUCUGUCCCAUUCAGCCCUUUGGAGAACGCCUCACCAACCAGGAGGAGCAGGGGGAGCAGGAAGAGACCUCAGAUCUGUAUGAUUCAGUGAAUGUAAAUAAUGUAAAUACCAAAGGGAAGAGUGGAGUGAAUGUCCAGGCCCUACGCAUCCUCUGGGACAAGAAGGGGGCGCUGUGCACAGACACGCCUUCUCAUAGGAAGAGUCAACUGCUCAAUAAUAAUAGUAUCAAACAAGAACCUGUGUUACCUCUAAAGUCCACCAGGAAGCUCAAUGGCUCUGUGUCUGUGGAUACUACUGCACUAUCCCAGUGUGUUGCAAACAAAGCCACAUAUCUUGGCUUUGUUUCUCCUGCCUCCUCACUGGACGAUCAUCUACAAAUUGGACCCCCAAGGCCAAAAAACUCAACCCAAAGUGGAGCAGUUGUACCUCCAAAUUCACCCAUUUCAACCCCUUCGCAGGCACAGGUUACCUACUCCUGCCUCGUCAAACCAGAAAACCGAAGCCAGUCUUUACCAUGUCUGGAACAAAAUGAACAACCUUUGAGACCCCCAACUCCAACCUACACGCCCAAAAAGGUCAACAGCUUCAUCUACUCACUGGUGACUGAGGAGGCGUUGAGGUCUAACCCCCUCUAUACGGCAGCAGAGGAAUUGCAGGGGGUCGCUCAAUAUGCAGAGGUGGGAGAUAUAGCUAAAAAUGUGAAUCUCAUGCAUGAAGAUAUGACAGAAAGGAAAAAGGAAGGUUUCAGCAACACUUAUGAGAGCAUGGAGGAGAGGAAGACCAAGAAGAACAAGUCCAAAAAUAAAGAAUGGAAGAACUUCUUCACUGACUACAUGAAGAAAUAG